CUCAUCAGUUACCGUCCGUUCAAUCCCGCCCAUCACACGAACAUUCAAACCGCGAACCCUUGAAUACCAUAACGUCUCCUACUUCGACUCCGUCCUCGCCCUGAUUCAGAACCAUGGCUUCGGGCUAUGAUCGCGCUCUUUCCGUGUUCAGUCCGGACGGACAUGUCUUUCAAGUCGAAUACGCACUUGAAGCCGUAAAGCGAGGAACAUGCGCGGUUGGCGUAAAAGGCAAAGACAUCGUUGUUCUAGGGUGCGAAAAGAGAUCAGCAAUGAAGCUUCAAGACACACGCAUCACGCCGUCCAAAAUCUGCCUCGUCGACAAUCACGUCGCCUUGGCGUUCGCUGGUCUGAAUGCCGAUGCCCGGAUUCUGGUAGAUAAGGCUCGUUUGGAAGGCCAGUCGCACAGACUCACCGUGGAAGACCCCGUUUCCAUAGAGUACAUCACGAAGUACGUGGCUGGAGUACAACAGCGAUACACACAGAGUGGUGGCGUAAGACCUUUCGGUAUCAGUACGCUUAUUGUGGGCUUUGACCCCAAUGAUAAGACCCCAAGGCUGUACCAGACCGAGCCAUCGGGUAUAUAUUCUGCAUGGAAAGCGAAUGCUAUUGGCCGAUCAAGCAAGACAGUCAGAGAAUUUCUCGAGCGCAAUCACAAGGCAGACAUGGAUAGAGAGGAGACAAUCAAAUUGACCGUCAAGUCUCUAUUAGAGGUUGUUCAGACUGGCGCAAAGAAUAUCGAGAUUGCUGUCAUGGCCCCAGGCAAAAAUCUGGAAAUGCUUCCCGUUGAGGACAUCGAAAAGUACGUCGAGAACAUCAAUACCGAGAAGCAGGAGGAGGCAGCGAGCAAAAGGACAGGUAGAACGCCAGGGACUGGCACUGCGGCCAUAUUGACGCGGUCUGCGGGUGAGGGGGCGUCAUGAGAGGAGAAGCAGUAGCCUUGAAACCAAGCGGCAUUGGCGUUUGGAAGAAAUAGAGCGCUAAAGAUGAUGUAUGUUUACAAGAAAGAUCGUCAGGAAUGGCGCUGCAAUGGAGCAUAUGAGAUAGCCGAAGCUCAAAAACAACACAUACUUCACGCCUCACUGGCUGACAGCGCUUUCUCCGCCGCUGAUAGCCUCCAAAAAAAAGAACCCUCCCAUAUGCCAUUGCGCCGUGGAAGAACCCCAUUCAUUACUCUGUGACGUGUUCAACCUAGGCGAUUUGCAGCGUCUUUCACGUCAAAUAUAGUUCGAUGUUCUUCUUGUCGAACUCGUUCGUCUUUGAUCAUUCUAGAAGGCCGUCAGCAUUGUGAGCUCUUCUAGACUAAAUGCAUUGUACCUAGAAUCUUUCCGAAUAUCUUCGCCUUCGACUUGAAGAGACGGUUUCGGGGUGAGGGCAUCGAUGACAAAGUGAUUAUCG